AUGUUUAACUCGGUCAACCUGAGCAACUUCUGCUCCCAGACGCGCAAGGAGAGGAGCUCAGAAUUUGGAGAUCGACCAGCCUGCACCUCCAACCUGUACCUCCCCAGCUGCACCUACUAUGUCCCCGAAUUCUCCUCUGUGUCCUCCUUCCUGCCCCAGGCCCCCUCACGCCAGAUCUCCUACCCGUACUCCACCAACCUCUCCCAGCCAGUCAGGGAGGUCUCGUACGGUCUAGACCCUUCCAGUAAAUGGCAUCCCAGAAGCAAUUAUGCCUCCUGCUACCCUGCAGCUGAGGAUCUGAUGCACAGAGAGUGCCUCCCUCCUUCCUCCAGCAUGACCGAAAUGCUAAUGAAAAACGAAAGCGUCUACAGCCACCACCACCACCAUCACCACCACCACCACCCCAGCGCCAACCAUCCCUCCACAGGAUUCUACACCAGCAUGAGCAAGAACACUGUGCUGCCCCAGGGCUUUGAUCGCUUCUUUGACAAUGCUUAUUGUGCCACUGACAACCAGACAGAGGACUGUGUGCCCAAGGGCGAUGCCAAGCUGGACACUGACCCCCAAUCUAGUGCUCUGUCAGCCGGAGGGGACCAAGGGCUUGACCAGGAGGACGAGGAGGAGAACACCAACCCUGGCUCCUCAGCCUCUUCCACGUCUGUCAACAACAAGGAAGGCAGCAAGGGCAGCAGCAGCUCCAGUGCUCCCCGCACAAGGAAGAAGAGGUGCCCGUAUUCCAAAUUCCAGAUCCGGGAGCUGGAGAGAGAAUUCUUCUUCAAUGUGUACAUCAACAAGGAGAAGAGGCUCCAGCUGUCUAGAAUGCUAAACCUUACCGACCGCCAGGUUAAAAUAUGGUUUCAAAACAGAAGAAUGAAAGAGAAAAAACUAAGUAGGGACCGACUGCAGUACUUUUCUGGGAACCCUCUGCUGUGAACUAGCUGCCUGGGAGCCCCUCUCAUGCACUGUACCGGUCCUGCACAGGAUCACUGACACAUGGUUUGCAAUCUGAGCCCUCAGCCCAGCUCAGAGCCUCUGCUCUUUCUUUGUUACAUAUUUGUAUAUGUACAUUCUAAUUAUUAUUAUUACUACCAGGUAACUGAAGGAGCAGUGUGAGGAGCACUUGAUGUAAACUGAACCCAACAAGGGACAAACGGGGACUUCUUGUCUUUCUUUUUCUAUUUUUAUUUAAGUACUGUUGAAGACCUGGAUCUCCUCAUUUUUUUUCCUAGAUCAAUGCUUGCAGAAAGUCUGCAGCUGUGAAAAUACUCUCCAUCCUCGCCAUUGUUUGACUUUGAGGACUCGCCAAUCAAAAUGGAGAUAGUGGCCAAAGUUUCUAUGAAUUGUGGUAUUUGUAGAAGGAUAACUGUUUGCUCGAGGAUUUGUGAGUGUAAGUGAGUGAAUGUGAGAAAUGCCUGUGUAUCUCUCCUCGUUAUGUUUACCAUAUUUGAUCCUGAACUGUUUCUGUUGUCAAAUUAAUGUUGUAUGAUUUACAGACGUGUGAAGGGGUUAAACCAUAUACACAAGGUUAUGGUCACAUACAAGGGGUUUUUGUUGUAAAAUAACCCCCCUCCAACAAAGUUACCACACUUACCACCCACACCAGUACAUCAUUAUACUUGUGUGUAUUGUCAAGAAUAUAUAUAUAUAUAUAUAUAUAUAUAUAUACACACACACACACAUAAUAGAGAUUAGGGUCAAGUGUAUCAGUCAGUCAGUAUAUCAGUAUGAGUGAAUAGUCAAUGCCACCAUGUUGGCUAUAGUGUUGCAAUGUGAUGUCCUGUAAUCGCCUCUGUCAGUCCGCAUUUUGGGGUCAAAGUGUUACACGAGGGCCUAUGUGUGCCUAUUUCAUAAUUAUCCCCAAAACAAAUUAUGUGGAUCUGUGCAAUACAAUGCGAAGAAUUCGCGUUAAUUCCAUAACAUUAGAUUUUUUUCUUCCUUUGGCCCAAAGAUUUUUAUUGUCAGUAAAUAAGCUGUGUCUGAUUCAUCCCUUGUAAACUCUUUCCAUAGUCACAGGAAAAAUAAAGUACUCUUUUUUUAAGAGAUUAGUUAUAAUUUAUACACCGAAAUACAUGGAUUUUCAUUAGUCUGACCAUUGUAAUACACAAAAGCACAACUAUUUCCUCCAAAGGAAGAAGCAUUACUACAUGGUGAAGAUGAAGAGUAACGACAAAGCAGUUUGUAAAUGAAUAAAACAAUUGGUAAUGUCUCAUGCAUGUAUCAUUCUGUGUAAA